AUGGACACCUCUGAGCUUGGUAUCACAGAUACGAGUAAGAAACUUUUUAGGGACCUUCUUAGCGGUGAACAGCCGGUCCCUAAGGAGACGCUCUUCGACGACGAUAUCUUUGUGGAUGCUUGUCGUAACCUCCACAAUAAGAAUGAGGCAAGGAUCAUUCAAGGCAUCUCAAGGCUUAUCGCUCCUUCGGCGGAAUCGCUCGCACUUCGGAAAAAGAACUAUAAAGGCCUUAUCGAGAGCGUUAACGAAGGGUGGGACAAUUCGAUCCCCCUCACCGGCACCCGUCCACAGCCUGACUACUCCGUUGGGUUCAAACGAGACGCAUUUACCGAUGACCAGCUCGCCAAGCUAUCGCCCUUUAUCGGCGACUUUAUCGCCGACCGACAGAACGCCCACAGUAUGACCCUUGCGGUGCGGGCCAUUGUCGAGCUUUUCCGUGCUGUAAAGCGCGAGGAUGAGGUUAACCGGGAGAUCCUCGCCUUUUCCGUCUCGCAUGACCAUACCUUAGUCUGGAUUUACGGCCACUACCCGGUCAUAGCCGGGAAAGGCAUCAAAUACUACCACCAGCCGAUCCACAAAUUUGACUUUACUACACUUGACGGACAGGAAAAAUGGAUGGCAUAUCGAUUCACGAAGAAUGUCUACGACACAUGGAUGCCCAAGCAUUUCGAGAACAUCUGCUCUGCCAUCAAUCAGUUGCCGUCAGAUUUGGACUUGGAUGUCCCACCACUUUCUGAGGCGACCGGGCUUUCCCAGGAUUUAGGAAACCUGAUGCAGUCGGGUGCCGGCUUCCCUUCUGCUGGCGAGCAGGAUCGCCAGCCGAGCAUCGCUGAGCAGCAAGUGUGGGAUAGCAAAGAGGAGGAAAGCCCCGGAAGGUGA